AGUGGUCCACCGGCUGCACGACCAACCCAACUAAACAUCUCAAAAACUCAUCUACGUUUAAUUUUCAUUUUUUACAAAUAUUAUAAUAAUAAUAACACUACUUAUUAUUAAUAUUAUUAAUAUAUUAAUUGAAUAUAUUGUCGUAAAAUUUCAAGAUAAAAUACAAAUUGAUAUAAAAAAUAGAAAAUAAAAUGAAACAAGAAAAACGAAUAAAUCUUAAAUUGUGAUUGAGAUAAAAAAAAAAAAAAGGAAAACAAAGUGUACUAUAAAUAAAAAAAAAAACUUUAAAUAAUAUUUAUGAAAGUUUAAAUUUUCAUGGAUUUAAAUAAUAAUAAAAAAUAAUUAAUUUAAUUAUUUAUAAUAAAAAUCGUGAUCAAGCAACAGGGUCAAUUAUGAGAGCAAUAAAAUAUAUAAUUCUGAUUAUUAUUGGAAUUGAUAUAUGUCAAGGAAAUCCUGAUGCAAAAAGACUUUACGAUGAUCUUUUGUCAAAUUAUAAUCGUCUCAUUCGACCAGUAUCAAAUAAUACCGAUAUUGUUGUCGUUAAACUUGGUCUAAGAUUAUCUCAACUCAUUGAUUUAAAUCUCAAAGAUCAAAUUUUAACAACAAACGUUUGGCUUGAUCACGAAUGGGUUGAUCAUAAAUUCCGAUGGAAUCCCUCAGAGUACGGUGGUGUUACAGAACUUUAUGUACCAAGUGAACACAUUUGGUUACCAGACAUAGUACUUUAUAACAAUGCAGAUGGUGAAUAUGGUGUCACAACAAUGACAAAAGCUGUACUUCAUUAUACGGGAAAAGUACUUUGGACACCACCAGCAAUAUUUAAAUCAUCAUGUGAAAUUGAUGUACGUUAUUUUCCAUUUGAUCAACAAACUUGUUUUAUGAAAUUUGGCUCAUGGACAUAUGAUGGUUUUCAAAUUGAUUUAAAACAUAUGAGACAAAAAAAAGAUAACAACAAGGUAGAAGUUGGAAUUGAUCUUCGUGAAUAUUAUCCAAGUGUUGAAUGGGAUAUACUUGGUGUACCAGCUGAACGACAUGAAAAAUUUUAUCCAUGUUGUCGUCAGCCAUAUCCAGAUAUAUUUUUUAAUAUAUCAUUAAGACGUAAAACAUUAUUUUACACUGUUAAUUUAAUAAUACCAUGUGUUAGUAUAUCAUAUCUUUCAAUUCUUGCAUUUUAUUUACCAGCUGAUUCAGGUGAAAAAAUUGCAUUAUGUAUUAAUAUACUUUUAUCACAAACAAUGUUUUUCCUUUUAAUAUCUGAAAUAAUACCAUCAACAUCACUUGCAUUACCAUUAUUAGGAAAAUAUUUAUUAUUUACAAUGAUAUUAGUUGCAUUAUCAGUUGUUAUAACAAUUAUAAUAUUAAAUGUUCAUUAUCGUAAACCAAGUACUCAUAAAAUGGCACCAUGGAUUAGAAAAAUAUUUAUACGAAGAUUACCAAAAUUAUUAUUAAUGCGAGUACCAGAUGAUUUGCUAAAUGAUUUAGCUGCUCAUAAAAUAUAUGGAAGAGGUAAACCUGGUAAAAAAAAUAAAUUUGAUGAUGCUAUAUCAGCAGCAAUGAGAUCACCAUCAGUUAUGUCAUCACCAGAAUCCCUGAGACAUCGAGGAGCUUUAAUAAUGGGAUGUAAUGGUCUUCAUCAACAACAACAGCAACAACAACAACAAGCUGCAACAAAUAGAUUUUUGAGUACAUUAGAAACAGGAAUAAGAGGAUACAAUGGACUUCCAACAGUUAUGUCUGGUCUUGAUGAAUCAAUGAGUGAUGUGGUGCCAAGAAAAAAAUAUCCUUUUGAAUUGGAAAAAGCUCUUCAUAAUGUCAUGUUUAUUCAACAUCAUAUACAACGACAGGAUGAAUUUAAUGCUGAAGAUCAAGAUUGGGGAUUUGUUGCAAUGGUAUUAGAUCGAUUAUUUCUUUGGAUAUUUACAAUUGCAUCAAUUGUUGGUACAUUUGCAAUACUUUGUGAAGCACCAUCACUAUAUGAUUAUACAAAACCAAUUGACAAACAACUAUCAUCAGUUGCACAGCAACAAUUUUUACCUCAUAAUCCAAAUUUAGUGAAAAAUUUAGUACCACAUACGUAGUUAACUUUAACAAUAUAAAAAUCAAUAAUCUAAAAACCCAAAAAAUAAAUAAAUAAAAACUGUAUACAUUUUUCAAAUCUUUGACUAUCAAGUCCAAAAAAAACUAUAUGAAAAAUCAAUGUAUCACAAUUAAUAUUAACCAAUUUUCGAAUUUAAAAAAAACCAAUUGAUACACAUACCUUUUAUGUAUAUCUAUCCACUUGUGAUAUUUGCUGUCAUUAAAUCACAUAAAUUGUCAUUAAAAAAUCACAGAUAAACAUUACAUUCAAAUAAAUUUUCAUAAGGAAAAUCUUUAUAUAAAAAAAAAAAAUAAGACAAUCUGUUCAUUAUAAAAUACGAAUAGAUGUUUAAAUAAUAUAACUAUGAUAAAUGAUGAUUUUCUAUUAUCGAGAUGUUGUUAUUUCAAGUCGAUAAUUUAAUCAUAUUAACAAUAUAUAUAUUGUCUUUUCUAAAUUCUAUCGCUGUGACGUAGAUAAUAUAGCAAAACAUUGUCAACUAAUUAACAAAUGAUAAAUGAUAAUAAAAGAAAAAAAAAAAAAAAGUUUAA